GCGGCCAGGGCAGCCGCCUGCCGCCGGGCGCCGGGCGCCGCGGCUCGCCGAAGCGCGCCGGGCCGGGGGCCGGGGGCCGCGGCCGCCGCCAGCUGGGUUCAUGUUUGGGAUCCAGGAGAACAUUCCGCGCGGGGGGACCACCAUGAAGGAGGAGCCGCUGGGCAGCGGCAUGAACCCCGUGCGCUCGUGGAUGCACACGGCGGGCGUGGUGGACGCCAACACGGCCGCGCAGAGCGGCGUGGGGCUGGCGCGGGCGCACUUCGAGAAGCAGCCGCCGUCCAACCUGCGCAAGUCCAAUUUCUUCCACUUCGUGCUGGCGCUGUACGACCGGCAGGGCCAGCCGGUGGAGAUCGAGAGGACGGCUUUUGUGGACUUUGUGGAGAAAGAGAAAGAGCCCAACAACGAGAAGACCAACAACGGCAUCCACUACAAACUCCAGCUGUUGUACAGCAACGGAGUCAGGACGGAGCAGGACCUGUAUGUUCGACUCAUAGAUUCAAUGACCAAACAGGCCAUCGUCUACGAGGGCCAGGACAAGAACCCCGAGAUGUGCCGCGUGCUGUUGACCCACGAAAUCAUGUGCAGCCGGUGCUGUGACAAGAAGAGCUGUGGCAACCGGAACGAGACGCCCUCGGACCCCGUGAUCAUCGACAGAUUCUUUCUAAAGUUUUUCCUCAAGUGCAAUCAGAACUGUCUGAAGAAUGCAGGCAACCCUCGGGACAUGCGAAGAUUCCAGGUUGUUGUGUCCACCACGGUCAACGUGGACGGCCACGUGCUGGCCGUGUCUGACAACAUGUUCGUCCACAACAACUCCAAGCACGGGCGGCGGGCGCGCCGCCUCGACCCGUCAGAAGCCACUCCCUGCAUCAAGGCCAUCAGCCCCAGUGAAGGCUGGACCACGGGGGGCGCGACCGUGAUCAUCAUCGGGGACAACUUCUUCGACGGGCUCCAGGUCGUGUUCGGAACCAUGCUGGUGUGGAGCGAGCUGAUCACGCCGCACGCCAUCCGUGUGCAGACGCCACCUCGCCACAUCCCUGGAGUCGUGGAAGUGACGCUGUCCUACAAGUCCAAGCAGUUCUGCAAAGGUGCUCCUGGGCGCUUCGUGUACACAGCCCUCAACGAACCCACCAUCGACUACGGCUUCCAGCGGUUGCAGAAAGUGAUCCCGAGACACCCCGGGGACCCCGAAAGGUUACCCAAGGAAGUGCUGUUGAAGCGGGCGGCGGACCUCGUGGAGGCCUUGUACGGGAUGCCCCACAAUAACCAGGAGAUCAUCCUGAAGCGGGCGGCCGACAUCGCCGAGGCCCUGUACAGUGUCCCCCGGAACCACAACCAGAUCCCCAGCCUGGGCAACACCCCCGCACACAGCGGCAUGAUGGGCGUCAAUUCCUUCAGCUCCCAGCUCGCCGUCAACGUGUCGGAGACGUCCCAAGCCAACGACCAAGUCGGCUACAGUCGUAAUACGAGCAGUGUGUCCCCGCGAGGAUACGCACCCAGCAGCACACCCCAGCAGUCCAAUUACAACACAGUCAGCACUAGCAUGAACGGAUAUGGAAGUGGCGCCAUGGCCAAUCUAGGGGUCCCGGGCUCGCCAGGAUUUCUUAAUGGCUCCUCUGCUAACUCUCCCUACGGCAUAGUGCCGUCCAGCCCCACCAUGGCAGCCUCUUCGGUCACCCUCCCUUCAAACUGUAGCGGUACACACGGCAUUUUCUCAUUCUCACCUGCCAAUGUCAUCUCCGCAGUGAAACAAAAGAGCGCCUUCGCGCCCGUGGUCCGGCCCCAAGCCUCUCCUCCUCCCUCCUGCACCAGCGCCAACGGGAACGGACUCCAAGGCUCUCUGCUGGGUGCUGAGGACGUUACCGUGGAGAAGACAAACUGGCCCUUUUGUGAAGUCGGUGGCAUAUUUCACUUUGAUGAACUAAUGCUCAAAAAAGGAACUGGAAAGCUAUGUCUGGGCUGGUAGUCCCGCCGAUGUGAGGGGCCGGCGGGCGCCGCCCACAGCACCCAGCACCCGAGGACGGGCUCCCGGGGACACCGUCGGGUCUCUGAGGCUUGCCGGCGGAGACGCGGCAUCCGGGACGUUGGCUGACGCGGUCCCCAAGACUUUGUUGAAAGAGUUUAUUUGAACGGUCCAGAGUCACCCUGCAAGCAGCCAGCUUCUUCACGAACAAUUCCAUUUUCCUGACUGAACUU